AAAGCGGAAGUGAAGCACUUAACGGCAACUUGCGCCCGGAAGGUCAGCGUGUGAAGGAGGCAGGCAGCGGGUUUUCCCGCUGUUACUGUGGAGUAACGGCCAAAUACAAGACCCCGGCCUAAGGCGGAGGCUUCCAGCAGUCGACAGUUUGCUGUGACACCAUGGAGGGUGGCGGAGGAAGUGGCAACAAAACCACAGGGGGGCUGGCCGGCUUCUUCGGAGCUGGCGGAGCCGGUUACUCGCACGCAGAUUUGGCCGGCGUCCCGUUAACAGGUAUGAACCCGCUGUCUCCUUAUUUAAAUGUGGAUCCACGAUAUCUUGUACAGGAUACAGAUGAGUUUAUUUUACCUACUGGAGCUAAUAAAACCCGUGGCAGAUUUGAACUAGCCUUCUUUACCAUUGGAGGAUGUUGCAUGACAGGGGCUGCAUUUGGGGCAGUGAAUGGUCUUCGGCUAGGAUUGAAGGAAACCCAGAACAUGGCCUGGUCCAAACCAAGAAAUGUGCAGAUUUUGAAUAUGGUGACUAGGCAAGGAGCACUUUGGGCUAAUACUUUAGGUUCUCUGGCUUUACUCUAUAGUGCAUUUGGUGUUAUUAUUGAAAAAACACGAGGAGCAGAAGAUGACCUCAACACAAUAGCAGCUGGAACCAUGACAGGCAUGUUGUAUAAAUGUACAGUCCUUUUAGAUAUGUACCCACAAGUGGGAUUGUUGGAUCAUGUAGUUCACAGCUGUUUAUUUGACAUUAAAAAGAGGUGGUCUUCGAGGUGUAGCACGGGGUGGUCUUGCAGGACUAACACUUACCAGCCUCUAUGCACUAUAUAACAACUGGGAGCACAUGAAAGGCUCCUUGCUCCAACAGUCACUCUGAAGAUUUUGCAAACUCAUUCAUGGAGGACAGCAAUAGUCUUAUCAAUAAGUCAGCCAAGUUACUUCUACCUAUAGUUACUUUGAAAAAGUGAAGAUUUUUAUUUGCUGUAAUGAAGAUCAUGAAUGGUUGACCAGGACCUGCACUUCUUGCUCAUAGUGAGUGAAGCCAAAACUCUUUGGUGGCUGACUGAGAAAUGCAGUUCUCUUCUCCUUUGGAGACGGUCUUGCACCUGUUCUUUCUCCUCCCACCUGAACUGGAAAACCACUUAUUCCCAGAAUUCAGGUCAUGCUUAUUAUUUUAUCACAAAGUAUGUUCCUUUAAUAUUCUGAAACUGUAUUGUUGGCCUGUAUUCCAAAUAAAGGGUGAAAAUGAACAAAAGUCAUAACUCCCAAUGUAAAUACAGUUGAUGUCUUCAUUAGGGUAUGUCUCAAGUGAUUAUAUAGCACCUGCCUAGCAAAUAUAGAGCCCUGAAUUCAAUUCCCAGUACCACCAAAAAAAAAAAAAAAUCUGCCUGGAUAUAAAAUGAAACUGACUCUUGAAUCUUUUGUCCUGCCUAAACUAGGCCAAAACAAUGUUUUCAUGUUUGAUUGAAAGGAAAGCCUGAUGUUGGCAUUAACAGCUAGGGUAAGAAGAUUUUUCUCCCAUAGAGCUGACAUUAUACACUCUGGUAUUUCAUCAUUAUAGUAGUAUGCUAAAACAGUGUCCCAACAGUCAGUCUAACCUGUGUCCUUCUGUACCCAGUACCUCAUUCCUUUCUGGGAAUAAUCAGGGACUAGAAGUUUUCGAAGAAGCCUUUGGACAGCAAAAAUAAGGGAUAGCUACUUGUUUUCUGAGUUUGUUUUCUUAUCUAUAAAAUGAAAUCACUUGUAAGUGUACUACAGGUGCACAUACACAAAAUAAAUACUAAGCAACUUGGGACUUGUAUGAUUGGAAAAAAAGUUAAACUGGGCCAUUUUUGGAGGCACCUAGUAAAAGAAUCAAACCAACAAAAGUACUGAACCUUAGGUGUUAAGACCCAUAGAUUUAAAAGAAAAAAAUGUGAAGAGUUUUCAGGAAAAGGUUGAAAUGGAAGUAAUUACCUACACUUUGCUAAUUUAAGAUUCAUAAAUUAUAGUGAA